AUGUCAGCCGCUGGGAGAUGGACACCGGAUCUAACCACCAAGCCUCAUAACUGCCUCAAGGACAAAAUGGAGAUACUGGACUACUGCAAAAAGGUGUACCCUAGCCACGAUAUAACCAACAUCGUGGAAGCCUCGCACUACGUGAAAGUCAGCAAUUGGUGCAAGGUUGGAACCGGCAACGCUGCUAAAUGCAAGGUUACACGUUGGGUGAAGCCAUUCCGUUGUCUUGAAGGUCCAUUCCAAUCAGACGCGCUGCUGGUGCCCGAAAGCUGUCUCUUCGACCACAUCCAUAACCAGAGCCGAUGCUGGCAGUUUGCCCGCUGGAACGCAACCGCUGGACGCGCCUGCGCACAACGAGGACUCAGGCUAAGAACCUUUGCUAUGCUACUGCCUUGCGGAAUCAGCUUGUUCUCUGGCGUUGAAUUUGUCUGCUGUCCCAAACAUUUCAAGGAAAACGUAAAAAUGCAUAAGCCAAUGGACGUCGGUGUACCAGUAAGCCCAGGUGGUGAAGAAAUGCUGGCUGCUUCCGCUGCGAUGGAUGAACGUGAUGAUGAUCUUCUGGACGAUGAGGACGGAUUGGCUGAUGACGAUGACGACAACCUUAAUCUGAGCGACGAUGACGACGAUGAUGACGCCGAUGAUGAUAUGGACGAGGAUGAAGACGCUGAUCUUUCCCGUGACGAUGACGCUGAGGACGACGAUUACACCGACAGUGAUGACAACGCUUGGCCUCGUCCUGAAACCUCCUCCGCACCUUCGACUACUAGUACCACUACCACGACUACAACUACUUCCACCACCGCAUCGACCGCUACUUCGGAUCCUUACUUCUCGCAUUUUGACCCUCGCACUGAGCACCAAAGCUACAAGGAUGCCCAACAACGUCUUGAAGAAACUCAUCGCGAAAAGAUCACGAAGGUUAUGAAGGAAUGGUCAGAACUGGAGGAGCGCUACCAGCAGAUGAUCAAUUCGGACCCAGCCGCCGCGCAGACCUUCCGCCAACGCAUGACCGCCAAAUUCCAAGCCAACAUCCAAUCCCUGGAAGAGGAAGGUGUAGCUGAACGCCGUCGCCUCGCCGCUCUGCAUCAGCAACGAGUCCUGGCUCACUUGGCACAGCGCCGCCGCACCGCACUUGCUUGCUACACGCGCUCCCUCCGAGACACCCCACCCAAUGCGCAUCGGGUACAGAAGUGCUUGCAGCGUCUUGUUCGAGCGCUUGCAGCUGAACGGAGCGGAGCUUUAGCCGCGUGGCGCCGCGCUGCCGCCGCUGGAAGGGAAGCCGCCGCUGCUGAGCGCGCUUCUGCUGCCGAUCGCCUUCAGGAUGCCGACCGGGCUUUACAACGUGCUCUGUCCGCACUCCGCCGCCGACCUCAUCUGUACGCAAGCAUUGGAACCGCUAUUGAAGACUACGUCCAGUCCAUGCAAUCCAAAGACGAUAUGGCAGUCUCCCUGAUGUCGAUGACUCCCGAAGCUGAAGAACUCCUCCUGGAUCGUAUUGAGGCUGAGGUGCAGAGGGAGCAGGCCGCGAGGGAACAGUUGAGUGCUAAGCGAGACCAGCGGACUCGGCAGCGCCAAGACAUUCAGAACGAACGGACUAAGACUCUAAACGGCGUUAAAGAGAGCGAAGAGAUCGAUGACGAAGCCAAUGAGGUGAAUGAGACCGAGGAGACAACUUCGGCCCCCACGACCCACAGCCCGGCGCCUUCGCCCUCUGCCUCGCCCGCAUCGUCCGCUUCUCCAGCCAUCGUCCGAGACUCUACCACCCGGAUGGCGUACACCCAGGAAACUACAACUACUGAAUUUCCAACGAGCACGGUGACUGAGGCACCCGAAACUGAAACCGAAACUGGUGAGAUUGGUGAAACUUCGAGCCGACGAACAACUAGUGAGACUGAAGGUGAGGGUCUGCGUGCUGCUCUGGAACAGGCCGAGGAACGCGCUCCUCCCCCGCCUGCACACGCACUCAAGCACGAGCUGCAGCAUACGCAACCUGGCUACACGGUGCGCGGGUCGCCGGGCGGCAGCGGGUCGGGCGCGCUGUACCCGGCGCUGUGCGUGGGCGGCGCAGCGCUGGCCGCCGCUGCAGCCGUUGCGCUCGCUGUAGCACGCCGCCGCGACCGUGCGCCCGCCGCGCAGGGCUUCGUGCAGGUGGAGCAAACUGGCGUCGUCGCCCCCACUCCCGAGGAGCGGCACGUUGCCAACAUGCAAAUAAACGGCUAUGAGAAUCCCACCUACAAAUACUUCGAAGUCAAGGAGUAA